AUGGCAGUGAUGAAAAAACUUCCAUCAUGUAUCAUUAAUCUCAGCCAGCUUCAAUCUCUUCUGACCCAAGCAAAGAAGUUCAAGAAUUUAAGGCGUGAUUCUGAAAUGGAGAAAUACACAUCCCUUUGCAACCAAUUGUUCAAUCCUGUCAAUGAAGAUCCUGAGCCAGAGACCUCCAAGCUAGAACAUUUUGACAGUCCAAAGGAGGUUCAGCCUCAGCCUGGAACUUCAGAACAGCUUGACCCCCAGCCUGGAACUUCAGAACAGCUUGACCCCCAGCCUGGAACUUCACAACAGCUUGACCCCCAGCCUGGAACUUCACAACAGCUUGACCCCCAGCCUGGAACUUCACAACAGCUUGACCCCCAGCCUGGAACUUCACAACAACUUGACCCCCAGCCUGGAACUUCACAACAGCUUGACCCCCAGCCUGGAACUUCACAACAGCUUGACCCCCAGCCUGGAACUUCACAACAGCUUGACCCCCAGCCUGGAACUUCACAACAGCUUGACCCCCAGCCUGGAACUUCACAACAGCUUGACCCCCAGCCUGGAACUUCACAACAGCUUGACCCCCAGCCUGGAACUUCACAACAGCUUGACCCCCAGCCUGGAACUUCACAACAGCUUGACCCCCAGCCUGGAACUUCACAACAGCUUGACCCCCAGCCUGGAACUUCACAACAGCUUGACCCCCAGCCUGGAACUUCACAACAGCUUGACCCCCAGCCUGGAACUUCACAACAGCUUGACCCCCAGCCUGGAACUUCACAACAGCUUGACCCCCAGCCUGGAACUUCACAACAGCUUGACCCCCAGCCUGGAACUUCACAACAGCUUGACCCCCAGCCUGGAACUUCACAACAGCUUGGCCCCCAGCCUGGAACUUCACAACAGCUUGACCCCCAGCCUGGAACUUCACAACAGCUUGACCCCCAGCCUGGAACUUCACAACAGCUUGAGCCCUGCCCCCCAGCCUGGAACUUCACAACAGUCUAUUGA